GUGAUUCGGCAGCCAAUGGCUAACAGGCAGGCCUUUGCUACCGGCUGUCUGUUGUUGAUGGUGGAAGUGCUUUUAUUUGGUUGUACAUGCUGUUCUCGUGGUGCACAUUACCUGCUGUUCGAAGGAUGUUCAGUGCUGGCUGUUCUAAUGAUUUACUGUACAUGCUGUCCUAGUGGUGUCCAGUCCAGGCUGUUCUAAUGGUAACGUUUAUAGGCCUAAAAGGUGUACAAAUGGGGUUUAGUGCUAAUUGUUCUAAUGGCGUACAGUAAAUGGAAUUCAAAUUAUACACAGUAUAUGUUUUACAAGGUUUACAGUACAGUCAAUGCUGUUUUAAUGGUGCUCAUUGCAUGCUUUUCUAAUGAUGUUCAGUGCAGGCUGUUUUAGUUGUGAAGUAUCUUUUGCUCUAAGACCUAAGGAGAUCACAAGCUUAGCGUUGCUUAGAUAAAGAUGCACACAAUGAGCAAUGUAUAACGCAACUAUUUAGAUGGUCUAGUUCCAGUCAACGUACAGUCUGGUAGGAGAAGGGAUACAAUGGAAAAGGUUUACUUGAUUGAUGUCCCUUGCCUCCCGUCUCGGGGAACUCGCAUUUGUAGUCGUUUUAACUUAUUAGACACAGGCAAGACACAAGCAAAGACACCUGCUAACAGCACCGUAAUUUUAUCAGUCAGUAAACUCGCGUCCAAUACCAUAAUAUAUUUUUUAAAAAACCUUGACCCUGAAACUAGCCAUCCUGACAGAACUAAGACCAACGAUGACAGGAAACUGCCAAUAUAUAUAUAUAUAUAUAUAUAUAUUAUAUAUUAAGCAUCCAUUAAGGCGAGUUAGCAGUGGCGUAUACGUACAUAAGUAUCUAAUUCUUUGUAGUUAAAAAUACAACUGGCUUUUGACUUCUGCCUUCAAAUGAAAUCGUUGGGCUACUUUUCUGUUGAAAAGAGAAUGGAUUCAAACAAUCACAAUAAUUUUUCUUUGCUCUGGUAAUCAACUUGGCUCUUGGCAAUCAACUUGGCUCUGGUAAUCAACUUGGCUCUGGCAAUCAACUUGGCUCUGGCAAUUAACUUGGCUCUGGUUAUCAACUUGGCUCUGGCAAUCAACUUGGCUCUGGCAAUUAACUUGGCUCUGGCAAUCAACUUGGCUCUGGCAAACAACAUUUUUUGCACUAUCGAUUCCUAUUUGUUUAUUAUUUUGUCUCUAAAAGGAAAAUUGUUAAAAGUGGGAUUUGAACUCACGCCGUCAUUGUCUAUUUAGCACUGUUUAUGUUUUCCAAGUGCUAUUAAGAUACAACAUGAAAUGGCGUCAGUGGGCUGUCGAGCGCGUACCAAGCUCGUUAAUUCCCUCCCCAAAGCACCUUUCCCCCAGCCCAAAUAUCGGGCCGCGUAGCGGCACAUUGGAAAUCGCCCUUUGUCAGCCCCCACUCGCAUACGCUCGAUCGGAUUUACCAUUGGGAGGCCUCCCUAAACCAAGGACAUCCGGUCGGCCGAACGCUGCAUUCACGGUCGACUUUCCUACAGGGGUCGGGAUGGUACAUUCACGUCCUAAUAUCUUCCCUCUCCCACCUCGGGGAAGCGUCGGACGCCCUCCUAGGUGACGAAGCAACUGGGACGAAGGGCCAAGAUUCGCUAUAUGAUUCUACUGCAAACUUUGUCGCGCCCAGUAGUACAUACAACAACAAAUUCAGGUUUGAGUUGUUGAUGGUACUUAUUUGGAGUUGUACAAUUGUCUUAGACACUCUAAGAAACAGUGGCUCAAUAAUAUUUUUGGAUGGUGACUGAUAGAACCGAUUUCUUUUGGUAUCCAGCUGAGGCCAUUUGCUUUCGUUAAUAGUUCGUGCGUUUGAGUUAGGGCCGAUACAGCUUUAAGUCUAUCGUCAACACACAUAUCAAUAGCUCAACCGGCUUUGUACUUCAAUAAACAAUCUUCUCUGGGAUAUGUCUUCGAUGUUUGUAGCCACCCGAGAGGGAGAAACAAAGGAAUUGCUCUUCCUUCAGUGUAUCCGUUGCCCCAGCAACCGGAUAUGUUCUGUAAUUUCUUUACAAGCAAAGUUGCUGAUAUUCGCGCUGAGCUUGAUCGUCUUGACAUGUCCCCACUAGAUUUGCCUCCUUUUCCCUGUGUUAGUUCACAUUUUCAAGUUUUUAAACCGGUUUUAGAACAAGAGGUCAAAAGUGUUAUUGUGCAAUCUAAACCUACGUCAUGUUCUUUCGACCCCCCCCCCCCCCCCCCCCCCCCCCCCCCUGUUGGUUGAGUCAUUAGAUCAUUAGCUGCCAACGAUAACCUACAAAUCAAUGGAAGCUUAUCUUCCCUGUCACUGUUUCCCUCUUUGUAAGUAAGCUGUCAUCAGACCAUUGCAAAGAAACCUGUUUCGAAUGAAAAUAAUUUAAAAAAACUAUAGACCUGUAUCUGACUUAUCAUUCUUAUCUAAAGUCAUUAAAAACUGGCUCUAAAAGAACUUUUUACUUACUUAAACGACCACUCUCUUCUCAGUCUUAAUCUGUCGGCCUAUAGACCUUUCCAUAGAACUGAGACAGCUCUCUUGAGAGUCACCUAUGACCUCUUGCUCGCAUUGGACAGCGGUGAUAUCCCCAUCCUGAUCCUCUUAGACGUCAGUGCGGCCUUUGACACUGUUGACCAUAAAACCCGUGAAAAUAACUUUGCAAUUUCGGGAUCAGUUUUGGCUUGGUUUAGGUCCUACCUCUCCGAUAUAAUGCAGGCGGUCGCUGUCGAUGGCUGCCUCUCCGGCAGUGCUGACUUGGUGUACUGAGUGACAAAAGGGUCCGUUUUACGCCCGGUUCUAUUCACAAUGUGUACCAGGCCACUGCUUGUCUUGCUCGGGAGGCAUGCUGCGGAGAGCCAGUCAUUCGCAGAUGACACGCAGCUAUACAAGCAUACCCAUUCCUCUCGUGUUGAUUCUGCUGUCCGGACUUUGCGGGAGAGCAUUGAUGAUGUUAAGACAUGGAUGACACUCAGCAAGUUGAAGCUUAACGAUGACAAAACGGAAGCACUCCUUAUUCACGAUCACAAAUCAUCCUCUAACUCACCUCUCCCCACUUCAUUUCAUGUAGGUAACUCCGACAUACAGUUUACAUUCUCCGCUAGGAAUCUUGGUUAUAUUCUGUCUAACAACAUGUCUAUCGAUAAUAAUAUCUCUGCAUACACCGCUAUUCGCCAGAUUAGCUCCAUCCACCGCUACCUCACAGUUAGCGCAACAAAAACCGUAGUUUGUGCUCUAGUUAUCUCUUGUCUUGACUAUUGUAACCCUUUUCUAUCAGGUUUACCAGAACACUUCUUACAAAAAUUACAAAAGGUUCAAAACUCAGCUGCUAAGCUAAUUAUAAAGCAAAAUCAGUGACCACGUCACACCACUACUUCAUUCACUUCAUCGACAAAUUUUUUCUGGAACUCCUCCCCUUCCUAUCUAACCGCACUUCUCUCUGUCUAUUCAUCCCUCCGACAGCUUCGCUCCUUCGCAGACGCGCGUAUUCUUUCUAUCCCCAAGACUCGCACAAAAACAUACGGUGAACGAUCGUUCUCUUUCUGUGCCCCCAAACAAUGGAAUUCUCUUGCACUACACAUUCGCAAUAUACCGACCAUCACAGCCUCCGAAAACUGCACUCAAAACACAUCUCUUUAAACGUUACUAUCCUGACCUAUACCCCCCCCCCCUCCCCUUUUCCUCUGACCGAUAAACGAUGCUGCUGGGUGCAAUCCAUGGCUUGACAUGUAAAUGGUUCUGGAAUGAGUGGCGUGAAUAUACCUUUGUUUUCUUUUAUUUAAUUAAAGGACGUUAACUUUUAAGUUCAUGAUUAUGUUUGUUAAAUUGUAUGUACAGCGUGGUGAGCCCAGCCCUAGGCUUGGGGUACCGCGCUAAAGAAAACCGCCACUAAUAAUAACAAUAUCUAUGUGGUGUCUAUGUACAUCUCUAUAUCGUGUCUCGAUAUUUGAAUAUAUAAUACACUCUUUCUAGUUUCUUUAUUGCAUCAGUACGUGUUUGAAUGUGCCCGAUUGACUGCAUGUUGCAAUCUUGGCUUUAUGUUUAUAAUUCAUUUUUAUGUGCCCAAGCUAUUCAUGUACAGCACACUGUUUUCGAGGACCAUUAACAUUGCUUGCCAUAUCUUUCAUGGCUUUACUAAGGACGAGCACCAUAAAACUGGUUCUUAGUUCGCUUAGAUCGCUUAGUUUUUGUUUAAAGAUCUUUUAGUUUGUUAUUAAAGAUAAUUUAGUUUGUUCAAAAAAGAUAGCUAAGUUUUUUCUUAAACAUCCCUUAGUUUGUGUUAUUAAAAGAUCGUUUAGUUUGUUCAUAAAGAUCGCUUAGUUGUUCUUAAAGAUCAUUCAAUUUGUUCUUAAAGAUCAUUUUGUUUGUUUUAUAGAUCUUUUAGCUUGUUAUUAAAAUCGUUUAGUUUGUUCUUAAAGAUCACUUAUUUUGGUGUUGAAGAUCGCUUAGUUUUUUCAUAAUGAUCGCUUAGUUUGUUCUUAUAGAUUAUUGACUUUGUUCCCUAAGAUCGAUUAGUUUGUUCUUAAAGAUCUUUUAGUUUGUUCCUAAAGAACAUUUAUUUUUCUGUUAAAGAUCGCUUAGUUUAUUCUUAUAAAUUAUUUAGUUUACUAUUAAAGAUCAUUUGUUUUGUUCUUAAAGAUCAUUUAGUUCGUUCUUAAAAAUCACUUAAUUUUUUCUUUAAGAUCAUUUAGUUUUUUUUUUAUUGAAGAUCGCUUAGAUUGUUCUUAAAGAUCUCUUAGUUUUUUUAAAAGAUCGUUUAGUUUGUUCUUAAAUGUCGCUUAGUUUGUUGUUAACUAUCGUUUAGUUUGUUCUCAAACCGGGGUGGUAAGGGGGGACUUUAGAGACGUUAAAUAUCCACCCCAACCCCUUAGAAAGUCCGGCCCUGUUGCUGCGUGAGCAGCAAUCCGGCUGGCCAGGUGUUUCUUCUCUGGGGCUGCCACGCUCGGCGGCCAAUCGAGUGGAGGUCGAGUGUGGCGGUCUUAGGGGCGGAGCGUCCCUGGCGUGCCGCUUCGCGGCCCGAUCGGAAUAAAGACCACUGGGGGAGUGGUUGACGGCCGGUUUGGUUGGCGGGGUGGUGCGUUGGGGAGGACCAUAUGAGCCUCAAGGCUCGGUGUUCGCUGAUUUUCUUAAGUUAGUUAGUUAGUUUGUUCUCAAAGAUCGUUUAAUUUGUUCUUAAAGAUCGCUUUAUUUGUUUUUAAAGAUCUCUUCAUUUGUUUUUAAAGAUCGUUUAGUUUGUUCUUAAAGAUUGUUUAGUUUGUUCGUUAAUGUCGCUUAGUUUGUUGUUAAAUAUCGCUUUCGCUGAGUAUUAGAUGACCGAAAAACCUCAGUCACUUUCGGCCAGAUGGCCGAAAGUCUAAGUCAAUUUCGACCGAAACCGAAAAAAAACGAAAGUUAACUUUUCUCUUUCGGUCGAAACCGGAAUUAAGCCGAAAGUUAACUUUUCAAUUUCGGCCGAAACCGGAAUUAAGCCGAGAGUUAACUUUCAGUUUCUGCCAAAACCGAAACUUGGCCGAAAUGGAUAAACUGGCCUUUUUCGGCGCCAAAACCGAAGCCGAACCGAAAUUCGGUCGGUCUCUAAUGGUUUUAGCCUAUCUGAGGGAGGGAGGGAGGGAGGAAGGCACAAGAGUAAUUAAUGGAGAUUCUUGGAACGGUCUUAUCAGCAGCAGUCAUCAUGACAACCAACUGACUGCUGUAACAAUUCAUUGCGACAUAUCAAUCAAUACCUUUUACGACACUAACAUGGUGGCCGAUUUGUCGAGGAAUGAUCAUGGCAGUUAGUAGGUUUAAACAAAUUAGGUCUUGAUGGCAUAAUUAUGGCCAGUGAGUUGGCAUGUUUCCAGGAACCUGGUGGAUGCUUGUAAGAUGGUAGUUUCACUCUGUGAGCAGAUGCAACUUGGUAUGUUGGCUUGGUAAGUCAUAAUGCAACUUGGUAUGUUGACUUGGUAAGUCAUAAUGCAAUUUGGUAUGUUGACUUGGUAAGUUAUAAUGUAACUUGGUAUGUUGACUUGGUAAGUCAUAAUGAAACUUGGUAUGUUGACUUGGUAUGUCAUAAUUCAACUUGGAAUGUUGAAUUGGUAAGUCAUAAUGUAAAUUGGUAUGUUGACUUGGUAAGUCAUAAUUCAACUUGGAAUGUUGACUUGGUAAGUUAUAAUGUAACUUGGUAUGUUGACUUGUUAAGUCAUAAUGUAACUUGGUAUGUGGACUUAUAUUGUAGUCAUAUGUAAAUUGACAUGCUGACAUUGCAGUCAAAUAUAAAUUGGUAUGUAUAGAAACCUUGCAAUCAUAUGUAAAUUGGUAAAUUAAACUUGCAAGCAUAUGUGAAUUGGUAUUUUCACCGUGCAGUCAUAUAUAAAUGGGUGUGUCGACCUUGCAGUCAUGUUAAAUGGAUGUUAUUCAAUGAAUGCCAUCAACAUUGCUAUUCAGUGUUUAAGCAUUUCAUUUAAAAAGAAACAACUCAACUGCACCAGUAGCUUUGAACCAUUCCCCUGUUCUAAAAUAGUUGUUUUUGGAUUCAUUGUUUUCACUCUUAAUCAAAUCGAACGCAGAAUUUAGCAGCCGCCAGCUAUUCGAACAAUGUACAGGUAAAAUAAAUGGACACAAAGUUUAAAAAAAAAAGAAAAAGAAAUAUAAAAACAAGUACCAUACUAUAAAUCCACAUAAAUGAAACAAUCACCCAUGUCUAUGCUUGUCUACCUUUUAAAACACUUAGUCUUGUCUCCCAUGUCUGCGCUUGUCCACCUUUUUAAACACGUCUCCCAUGUCUAUGCUUGUCUACCUUUCUAAAACACAUGUCUCCCAUGUCUAUGCUUGUCUACCUUUCUAAAACACAUGUCUCCCAUGUCUAUGCUUGUCUACACAGGACGUCACUUCUAAACCUUUUAUCGAUUAAAAAAAAUCAAUACAAUUUUUUGUUUACCGGUAAAUAACAAAAUAGAGUGCUUUGUUUAAAAUGAAUUGUUAUCAAACUUUGUUUACUCAGAGAUUUAAAUGUCUCGUUAGUUUACUGUGAUACAACCUAGACGGGAAGAGAUGAGUUUUAUGUACCAGAGAUUUGUAUUAUGUACCAGCGUUUGUAUUAUUUACCAUAGAUUUGUAUUAUGUACCAGAGAUGUGUAAGUCUCAUUAUAUUAUUGGGUCACAGCCUAGACGGGGAAGAGAUGAGGUUUAUGUCAGAGCUGACAAGUGGGAAGUUAGAACUGGACUUGUUUGGCUGGAGAUGAAACACGUGUAUGGGUUGGACAAUACAGAGAGAGGAAAAAACGAUUAAAUGUGACUAGUCUGAUCAGUCGGUUUAAUUUAUAACCUUUAAUCUCCACAGCUUGAGGGGAUCAAUGUCCAGUGAAUGCCAUGGCCGUGAUAACCUGUGACCCUUUCUACUGGUGCGGUCUCCUGGGCUACGGUGUCGGCAUCCUGUUUAUGAUCGUCGGAACUGGCACCACCCACUGGCUGAUCGACAGCAACGGGCCCGGUACUGGAGGUUUAUUCUGGAUGUGUCAGUCAAGUGACCACUGCAUGUCCAUCACGUCCAACGGUGAGUGCUACUAUGGGGACAAGACACUGACCGUUUAAUCACGUGACCCGUUGGACCCAUUCGAUAAAUUAUUCGCUUAAAACCUGACCGAUGUUUGCAGUCGUUUAGAUGGUUAAGUCACAAAAUUGCGCAUUUUCAUCAUCCGUUACAUUUUUGGAUUUAUUUGUUUGAGAUAUGCGAUAGUUAAUGUCGCUGGACAACGCAACUUUGCCAUGUGGUUUUAGCAAGUACAAUGUCCUCGGAUCAAUGGCAUCAUGUGUUGGAGAAUUGAUGUUGGAGGUGGGGGGGGGGCAGUUAAUAAUUGGAUCGUUGGGAAGUAUGAGGUCCCUUCAUCACUGGCUGUAAGUGAGCAAGUUAGAGGGAAGUUCUGUGUUAAUUAAGGUAAAUGGAAGUUCUAUGUUAAAUAAUAUAAUGCAACGAUUCAUCAGGGGCGAGGCGACCUUCUCCACCAAUGACACUUCCACCAAUGUUGCUUCCACCAAUGUUGCUUCCACCAAUGUUGCUUCCACCAAUGUCACUUCCACCAAUGUUGCUUCCACCAAUGAUACUUCCGACAAUGCUACUUCCCCGAUGUUAUUUCCACGAAUGACAAUUCCAAUAAUGUCACUUCCACCAUUGAUACUUACACCAAUAACACUGCCACCAAUGACCCUUCAACUAAUGACACCCGCUAAAUGAAACUUCCGCCAACGCCACUUCCACCAAUGCCACUUCCACCAGUCCACUUCCACCAAAUGUCACUUCCGCUAAUGCCACUUCCCCUCAAUGCCACUUCCACCAAUGCCACUUUCACCAAUGGCAAUUCUACCAAUGUCAUUUCAACUAAUGCCACUUCCACCAAUGCCAAUUCCACCAAUCCACUUCCACCAAUGCAACUUCCACCAAUGCCACUUCCACCAAUGCCACUUCCACCAAUGCCACUUCCAGCAAUGCCACUUCCACAAUGCGAAUUCCACAAAUGCCACUUCCGCUAACGUUACUUCCGCCAGGAUCACUUCCAACAAUGACCCACUGAGUUCAGUGGCCUUAUCUCUGUUUGCCUAUUGCAGAUAAUGAAUCUACCGUCCAAGCCCUGCUCAUCUCUGGUAUCGUUGUGGCAGCUUUAGCCCUGGCAAUGGCGUUGAUGUUCUUGCUAAAAACUCCUUCUGGAGCUCCAAGGAGUAAAAAUCUGGCCCAUCUCAGCUGGGUUAUGGCCAUGGUUGCCGGUAAGAAGGAAAUGAGUUGAUCGACAUUUAUAAAUUCACAAGUAUUCUAGUGAUGAUCAUUCCCAAACUAAUGCAUUUUUAUUAAUUUUAUGUAUUUAUUUUAUUAUUGUUAUUUUUUAAGGACAGCGCUACUAACUAAAUCCUGACCCCCCCCCCACCUUUGUUUAGCCGCUAGUUCACUGGAGUUUCAUUUCUAUAAGUAUAAUGAAGUCGUUGUCCUGCUUCCCAGGUUUGCUUGGGAUCAUCGGAGCCGGCUAUUACGGCGUCAACAUCUUCAGCGUUAUCAAAAUGCGCCUCAGGCCCGUGACGGACAUCGAGCUCGGCUACUCCUUCGCCUUGAACUUGGCCGGAUCCAUCCUGCUCUUCUUCUCCGGCAUGUCCAUCUGGACUGGGGCCUCGAGGAUAAUCAACGGAUCUCUGCCCCACUCCCAGGGACUCGGCUUUGGCUCGGACGCCAACAUAAUGACCAUCUCCGACGCCCGCUUAGGCAACACCAACGGGGGGUACUGCUACCCGCCCCCGCACUACAGCACCGUGUGCCAGCCCUACUACCCGGCAGAGUUCGACCCGAAGCAGGUGCCGCCCCCGACCUAUGACGAGCUUCAACUUCAGGGGACGCUACCGCCGGCGUACUCGUCUCAGUACGUUUCUCAGAGUUUGUCUCCCGUAACGCACGCCUCGAAGCGGGAAGACGUACCGCAAGGGCAGCAACCCCCGCCUUAUCACCCUCCAUCUCACAGCCGCGUGGAGUUACCUCCCCCUCCCCAGUAUAACCCAACGUAGUGCUUACCAAUAAUCGGCGGACUUACUUGACGCUAUCAUGGAGAUAAUUCCCAUGCAAGUCGAAAAACUAUUUGAAAAAAAAGUUAUUGUAAUCUACGAAAAAAAAAAAAAACAAAAAAAAAAAAAAAAAAUAUUCCCAUGCAAGUCAAAAAACUAUUUAAAAAAAAAGUUAUUGUAAUCAACGAAAAAAAAAAAAAGAAAAAAAAAAAAAAAAAAGAAAGGAAUUCGGAGUUUAUUUUCUGAUCGAUGUUUUGAAGAUAUCCCAUUGGCUACAUUUUAAAUUUAUGGUCUUCUGCAUUAACUGCUAAAUGUUAAAUCUCUGAGUUUAGCUACUCAAUUGAAUAAGGCAUAAAGGGAACAAUAGACUUGUGGGAGCGGAUGCCAGCGGAUGCCAGCGAACACCUCCCUCAACUUUGCCUGGACUUCAAUCAUGUUUAUGUAAAUCAGGCUCUCCAUCGGUUUGCUAAAAUAUUGUAUGUACCCAUUCACCCUGCCCUCCCCUCGCAAUCCUAUGGAUAACUCCUAGAUCCGCCUCUGCACCCUGUAUAGCAAAUGUAUAUGUACUGCAAAUAUCCAUGCUAAAGUUUGCAAGAACAGUUUAUGGCCAUUCCCUAAUGUAACGAGUGCCGACAAAAGGUAACAUAAUACUAUUUAAACAUACGCCUGGGCAUAUGAGGACAUGUAGGACAUAGGAUUAUUGCGCUGGUGGAAGUUGAGCUGCGACACUGCGGAAGGCUUUAGAUGCGUGACACAUAAUGGUCCGGUACAAAGAAAUGGCACCACCCUAAUGGUCAGCGUUGUUGACCUCUUCUAGCUGAGCGUUAUGAGCCUCAAACAAUGCCUGGGCUGUGCAGCAUUGGACAUACAUUUUAACAACCAGUUGAUGUAAAUACAAUCACAUUUGAUGUGUGUUAAUUAAUUUACCCAGAACAUAUCUUUUCUUAUUUCAGCGGAAAAAAAGGGGGGGGGGGGUUUAAAAUGAC